AUGAAAAGAGAGAACGAGACCACUGUGUCUGAGUUCCUCCUCCAGGGGCUCCCCAUACCCCCAGAACAACAGGGUUUGUUCUUCACCCUCUUCCUGGUCAUGUACCUGGCCACAGUGGUGGGGAACCUGCUCAUCAUCCUGCUCAUCAGAAUGGACACCCGCCUCCACACCCCCAUGUACUUCUUCCUCAGUGCCUUGGCUCUCACUGACGUGUCCUUCUCAUCUGUCACUGUGCCCAAAAUGCUGGUGGACAUGCAGAGUAAUCACAAGUCCAUCCCCUAUGCAGGAUGCGUUUCACAGAUGUAUUUUUUCAUAUGGUUUGGUUGUCUGGAUAAUUUCUUACUUGCAGUGAUGGCCUAUGACAGGUAUGUGGCCAUCUGUCAGCCACUCCACUACACCACCAUAAUGAGGCAGGAACGCUGUGUCUCAUUAGUAACCAUAUCCUGGCUGUUAUGUUGCUUCCACUCUCUGUUGCACACCCUUCUCUUGAAAGAAAAAAUGAGGAGGGAUAAUCAGAGCUGUGCAUCUGAGUUCCUCCUCCUGGGUCUCCCCAUCAGGCCAGAGAAACAGGGCCUGUACUAUGCCCUUUUCCUGGCCAUGUACCUGACCACCGUGCUGGGGAACCUGCUCAUCAUCCUGCUCAUCAGGCUGGACUCCCGCCUCCACACCCCCAUGUACUUCUUCCUCAGCCACUUGGCCUUCUCUGACAUCUCUUUCACAUCAGUGACGGCUCCCAAGAUGCUCUUUAAUAUGCAGACACGGAGUCAAUUUAUCUCAUAUGCUAGCUGUGUUUCCCAGGUUUAUUUUUUCUUAAUUUUUGGGUCUUUGGACAGCCUCCUUCUCACCUCCAUGGCCUAUGACAGGUAUGUGGCCAUCUGUCACCCCCUCCACUAUAUCACCAUUAUGAGUCAGAGUCUGUGUUCCAUGCUAGUAAUUGUAUCCUGGGUCUUAUCCUAUGCCGGUGCCCUUUUGCACACCCUUCUCCUGGCCCGUCUGUCUUUCUGUGGAGACAAAGUUGUUCCUCACUUCUUCUGUGACCUUUCUGUCCUACUUAAGAUGUCCAGCUCCGAUACCACAGUCAAUGAUUUGGUUAUCUUCACUGAGGGAGUAGCAAGCAUCACUUUGCCAUUCAUAUGCAUCCUGGUCUCUUAUGGUCGCAUUGGGACCACCAUCUUGAGGGUCCCCUCCACCAAAGGGAUCUUUAAGGCCUUGUCCACAUGUGGCUCUCACCUCACAGUGGUUUCUCUUUACUAUGGAUCAAUUAUUGCACUGUACUUUUUCCCCUCAUCUACAAGCUCUAAUGAUGAGAAUGUUAUUGUAUCUGUAUUGUAUGCUCUAGUAACUCCCAUGCUAAAUCCCUUUAUCUAUAGUCUGAGGAAUCGAGAUAUUAAAGGAGCUCUAGGAAAUAUACUGAGUAGGGGAAUACUUUUAUCACGAUAA